AUGAUGGAAGACAAGCAGGAGAAGGUUCUCGGUGCGGUAAAUGCUGUGGAGGCAAAGACAAUGGACACAAUAGAUAAUGUUGAGAAGUCGAGUCUUGGAAGCUCCAUUCCACUUGAGGUGAAUCUUCCUCUCCACGAAAUGACGAAGUACCUAAUGUUCUUCACCAUGUUCGAAUCGAUUCCCGUGUACCUUAUUUCCUGCGAGGGGAACAAGAACGAGUUCCUGCACUGGAUCUCGAGGGGAACCAGCCUUAUCUUCCUUAUCACAGCCAUCGUAGCCGGGCUAUUAGACCUGGUUACGUUUUAUGGAAAAAUGUCCAGCCUGUACAAGUUUGUGAUACUUACAACGGGUGUCCGUGCUAUAGCAGCGUUUCUUGUUGUGGUAUUUUCAAACAUCAGCUCGAUGUAUGUGGUGAUCCUGGCCAUCCUCUACUUUCUAAGGAUUGCCACAUUCGACGGGCUGUUUCUGUACUAUUUUGCAAUACUUCUGAGAAGAAUCGAGUCUGACGACUACGACAACAACGGGAGAAGACUCAAAGCCAAGGAACUGAAAGGCGAGAAAGUAUGA